AUGUCCACGAACACCGUCUCUCAAGCAGGAGAGAUGAGGACUCACGGCGUACCCAACGACCUUCUACCCAAUGUCAACUCGAUCGCUGUCAUCCUGCUGAUGCCAGUCCUGACCCACUUUUUGUAUCCUUCGCUUCGACGAUGGAACAUCGCUUUCCCUCCAAUUACUCGCAUGGCGGUGGGGUUCGGGUUUGAAGCAUUCGGCAUGGGGUAUGCCGCGGGCAUUCAAGGCUGGAUCUACAGCUCUGGACCAUGCUAUGACCAUCCGCUCGCUUGUCCCGACUCGAACAAUGGCAUGAUUCCAAACGACGUCCACAUCGCAACACAAAUCCCCGUCUACAUCCUCCAGGGUCUGAGCGAAUCCUUUGCCUUUCCUGCUUGCUACGAGUACGCAUACACCAAGGCGCCGAAAAGUAUGAAGUCCAUUGUACAAUCGAUCCUUUCGCUGUCAUUCGCCGGCGCUGCCAUCAUUGGGUUGGCUUUGAGUCCGACUUAUCACGACCCGCAUCUCCUCGUCAUGUACGCAAGUCUCGCUGGAGUCAUGUUUCUUACUACGGUCAUAUUCGUUCUGGUCUUCUGGAAGUACAACAGGACGGAAAAUGAGAUGAACGCCAAACUCAGAGCUUGA